CUUGCCCAAGCGCGAGAAGGGGCGGAGGAGCUCCACGCCGGGAGCCAGGGAGACGCGCCAGCAGCGGCAGCGGAGGCGCCAGCGAGCGGGCAGGCAGGCAGGCAGCACCAGCUGCGGACAUUGGGGCAGCCCGCCCGGGAUGCUCCGUGGCCAGCUGGGCGGCAUGGCCCUGCCACGGGCCCCCGCCGCCGGCCCGGUGAGUAGAGCUGGCCGCGACCCGGCCGACGGGGCGAAGUUUCCCAAAGAGCCGGAGAAGAAAAGUUGGGCGCUUGCGAGUGAGCCGGAGAGGCGGGAAGGGCGCACAGGGCGCGCGCGCUUGCGCCCCGCUUCCCCGGACGCCAAGCGGCGCCAGCGAGCCGGGCGGGCGGAAAUGGGGGCUGAGGGUGGGACUCGGAGGAGAGCCAUGGGAGCCCGGGAAGCAGUGGAAGGGGUGGCCCAGAGAGGUGGGGUCUAACUAAGGGAAGAGGUUCUGGCUUUGAGGAGGACUAAAGUGGGGUGGGGGCACCCUUCCCGUUCAGGUCAGCUUCAGCUCUUGCCUGAGGAAGGACUUUGCCUCUCUGGUUGCCGCGCCCCCCGACAGCAUCCCAAGGGUGCCAAGGUCUGCUGGCUGUUAAGGUGACUGCUUUUGUCUCCACACUGCACCGGCGGCAGCUGCUGGCUGUGCCCCAGCUUGGGGCAGGCAGGCCACCCUGCAGUGUGGCACAGGGGAAACAAGGGGGACAACUCUGAAGAACAACUCCCUAGGCACUAGGUGGGAGGCGGGGAGAGGUAUCUCUGGCUGCUUCCCGAACACCCUGGGGGGGUGAUCCCUGUCGCUUUUGCAGGGAAGGUCUCCUGCAGCAUUAAUGCAGGUUGUGGGCUGGUAUUUAGUGGGCUCAAGGAAGACAGCAGUGCAGCCCAGGACAGGGACAUUUUUCUUCUUGUUCUCAGCAGCGGUUCCAGAAAAAUAGAAUUUGAAGGAAAAGCAGCCCUGAAAGACUUGAGCAGGACCUGAACCCUAAUGUGGUGAUGAUGCCACACAUUAGUCUUGCUGGAUUUGUUUGUGCUCAGAUUGCUUGAACUAGUAGCACUUUGGAAGAUAAUAUGGUGGCUUGGGCCAGUGGGGGGGUGGGGAGACAGAGGAGGUGUCUCGUGAUGUUUCCAGGCUAUUUUGAUGCUACCACAAUUGAUUGGCUGUUCAGUUGUGAUGUCACCAAGGAAAAUGUGGGAAUGCAUUUGGAUAAUGACAUUGUGAGCUAGUGAUGUCACUAGUCCACAGUAGCGCAGGCAGUGUUAUCUCACUGCGAGGUUGCUGGAGGGCCGUGCUUUAUAACAGAGAUGGCGGUGCCACGGGGGCUAUGAAGUCAUUUAGGAUAAAUAGCAGGAACUGUGUACGACGGCAGCUGCUUGCUGGUGCAGAGCAACAAUACAAUUAAAUUUUUGCUUCUGUUGCAUCCUCUCUCUGGAUGUCCAGAAUUCUCCAAAGAACCUGUCUUGGCCUUGUCGCCUUGGAGCGAAUGGGACACAGCUCCCUCUCUCUCCAUGAUAGGAAAUAAAGCAGUGCCUUCACUUGGGAAUUAUCAAAUGCCCAUGCUAGCAUGUCAUGCAGAUCCCGCUGUCUGCCCCCAGCAUGCAGAGGCCCUGCUGUGUCACUAGCAGGACCAGCUACCUUCCUGUAAGCCUCUAGUGCCAUCUGCUCCUUGGGGCAGGGUCUACUGAGUUAAGUGUAUCUCCGUCCAUUUGGGUAAAUGGGUGCAAAUUGCAGUGUAAUCAACCACACCCUGUAGGAGCAUGCAAGACAUGGAACUGCACAGCUGCUUCCAUGGCCCGAGAGGUGCUUUCUCCUUUGCCUGGUGGAGAACCAGCACUGCCCAUUUGAGAAACUUUUCACCUCCUUGGUGCCAUAUCACCACUUUAAUGUCAGAGUGUUACAAGCACUGGAGUUGGGCAGGCAACACAGAAUGCAGAGAAAGGGGAUCUGCUUAUAAUCACAGCAAGCCGUCCAGGGCAAAUUUACUGCAGUGCGGGCACUGAGUGGGCAUUCUUGUACACAUUGCAUCCUUUACUCAAGAGCUGGCCCGUUUACUGGGACAGAAAAUGGUGGUGUGCAGGGCACAAAGUCAUGGAGAGGACUUCCAUCAAUGUCCACAUUCGGAACAAGAUGGCGACCAACUGCUUUUUUUUCCCUUCCCCAGCUGCCAAGGGCAUCUCUAAAAGCAAAUCUAUACCAUGGAUCCCCCUAGCAGGCGACUGCCAAGAUGCCUGACCCCAGUUCUGAGCCCAAGCUUGGUCCAAGGACAGACUGGACCGGGGCCUGAAUGCAUGCCUUCUUACCUAGUCUCUACUGUCUCCAUUCUCAGAGCUGCCCAUAAGAGACAAGGGAAGGGAUUAUUAAACAACCCAGCAAUGAGCAGGCAAAGGCCCGGUUCUCCUUUGCUUGGUCACAGUUUCCUGCCUUGUUCAGAGUGAAGACCAUCUCCUGGUCUUUGGGAGGGUCCCUUUUUCCUGCCCAGGUGCCUGAUACUCAUGUAGUAUUCUGCUGCCUUUCCCUGCACCAUCCGACAUUUAAUGCCAUGGGCACAUUGCACUUGGUGGGGCUGGACUCUUGCUGCAUCCAAAACAAGAGACUAGCAUCCUGAGAAUAGAAGCAGCCAUCAGCCGCUCUGGGACUAGAUCAUUCAUUUUUGUCUCCCGCCGCCAAUUCAGUUCCCUUUUGGAUGCUCUCCAGGCUCCAGGAAGAAGGUGUUAAUCAGUUAAUCAAGUGAAGGGAUCAGACAAAAUAUUCUCUCAUCACACAAUUUAUGCCUGGUAAAGACUUUCAUAUAGGAAUCUCUGGGGAAUGUGUGGUCGUAGUGCCUCUGGGAGCUUUCUUUGCUGUGUGCAUGUCCUGGGAAGUUGUGGUUUACUAGUGUGAAUACAAAGUUGUGGGGCUGGGGAGUAGAGACUUCCAGGGCUGUAGUUCAGUGACAGAGAAUCUGCUUUGCAUGCAGAAAAUCCUAGGUUCAAUUCAUGACAUCUCCUGUCUGAAAUUCUGGAGAGCACCUUACAUUCAGGGUAGAUGAUAGGUACCAACAUGAAGCCAGAUGGACCAGUGAUCUGGCUGAGUAUAAGGCAGCUUUCUGUGUUCCUGUGUUCCAUGAUCUACAACUGGGUUGGGAAAUUUGUGGUCCUCCAGGUGUUGUUGAGCUGCAACUUACCCUCGUGACCACUGGCCAAUGCUGAUGGGAGUCCCAACAACAUCCAGAAGGCUCAUUCCUCAUGUAAACAGUUGCCUCCCCCACUCCACAUUUCUGUAUGGAAUACCAUCAAUGUAAGGGACUCUCUAAUUUGUUAAGCAACUAUGUUGUGACGUUAUGCUUUUAGAGACCAGGUUGUCCAAGCUCCAGUGGGAAAGUCGAGAGCCCUCGGGAGGAGGAAGAAGGGUUACAAAGAUCAAGUGUGUGACUGUCUGCUUGACUGCCUUGUGCACAGGUAUAAGCGCUCUCUCUGUGUGUAGAGGAAGGCAACUUAAUUAAUAGCCAUUUCCCUAAUGAUCUAUCGGGAGUUCACUGAUGUAUGGGUUUAAUUAGCCCAAACCAAAUGCUGGGAGCCCGAUGGUAGAACACACCAUCUUUGUCACCAGGUACCUGUUACCAUCCUGUUCUAAUUUGACAACAAGUUAAUCUGGGCUUGAACUGGAGGGUGGUGCUAGCCCCCAGACUGCCAGCUCUGUGUGAUAUAUUGCUUGCUGUGGCCCAACACAUGGGAGAUGUACCCUACUCUCCGUAAGCUCCUGCCUAAUCCCCGUGCCUGGAGGAAUCUACGGCGCUCUUCAGACUAUUUCCAUGGUGAGUGGAUAGAGGCAAGAUCCUAUCUGAAUAACAGGACUGCACGUGUUGGCUCCUAUCAUGUUGCACCAUGACUGUGAGCAGAAUUCUCUUACUCUCUCAUAUAUCAGGCACCCGUUGAAGUUUGAUCUGAGACGGACUUUUAAACCAGUGGGGUAUUUAUUAGACAGCCUUCUGGCUACUUGUAAGGCAACUUAUUGCCAGCCACACCAUGAAUCCCACUGCCCUAAACGUUAUCAUAUAAAAGGCAAUGACCAUGCAAGCACCACUUAUUCCCCCUUCAGGAAAUAACACUGAACAUAUGGUGAGUGAGGCUAGGUUUUGGAGCUAGCAGGAUCUAGCUGGCUCUGGACCAAGAGCUGAAUGGAUUUGGGAUGUGUCUGGUUCUGGCACUAUAUGCUGCUGCUGGCCUAAGGUGAAUCGGCUGCUUCUAAGGAUUCUAGCCCACCCCUGUAUCAUGGGUCCAAGCAGGGAAAUUGCUGCAGAAGGUUGAAAACCAUGCAGAAACACUUGCAUAGCCAAGCCACAACUCAGAGGUGGGUAUGGGGAAGUUAACAGCAGAUCUGCAUGCUGGAGUCUACAAUGCAGCCAGGUACUGCCACAGGGGAAUGGGGGAGCACCGAGUGGCUAAUAGUGGAGCUAACCAGGUGUUCUCCAUAGGAAUGAUCAUAAUACAUAUUACAUGUUUUGCUAUGCACUUUGACCACCCUUUUGUGCACACAAUCAGGGUGGAUAAAGUAUCCCUGAGAGGCUUUAAAGACAGUAUUGAUCCUAGCCAUUGGCUGCAUUUAUAAGAAUGCUCCAAGCUGGCAGCCCCAGAAAAAGAAGCUGCUGCUUAUUAGCGUAAGUUGUCAAGUUUCCAUAUGCACACAAUGACAGAAUGAGAAAGUGCCUCCCCUGCCAAGCUCCUGGCUACCCUGAUUGCAUGUACAGAUUUGGAAAGGGGUGGCUUUAACCAGUUUUAAGGAUUAACUCCAUUAAUUAUGAAAAUGCACCCUCAAGUGCAGGAGGGUGGUUCUGAUCUGAGACGCCUGCUAAACAGCCCCUUGAACUGGGAAAGUGUCCUCUGGUGCAGGACACUGUCUCUGCUCUACCUCUGCCUGUGUCACACAUCUGAUGGAUUAUCCUGUAGGAGGAGCCAAUAAACAAUCUGGAUGUGGCUUAAUGUUGAGAAGACCCUGCCUUAAGGAGCAAGCUAGGUGCUUCUUAAUACCUUCCAGCUUUAUGAUGUUAUGAGUCCCUAAUUAUUAUACAGAAAAAGCCAGGGGGCAGGGAUUCUUCUAGAAUAGAAGUGUGAUCUCACCAAGUCCUUGCACAAAUCUUUGAAUGUUGUUUAUAUCCCCUAGUGUUUAGUUUUACUGGUGUGCCCAUCCUAUACAUACUGAAAGGUGCCUUUUCCUUCCAUGUGUUUAUAUACUUCUCAAAACAAAUAGGAGAGCCCAUGACCAGCUUUAGAUUCAAUCCAGAUGGCUGGGGUAUAAUUAAUUUAUUGUUAUUAUUAUUAUUCUACAGAUGUGGUGAAAUGGAGUAGUAUAGUUAUUUGUUGCUUGCUUGCUUGCUUGCUCGCUUGUAUAUGUAUCCCACCUCUUCCCAUUUAAUCCUCAGAACAACCGUGCAAGGUAGGUUAGGUAGGUUAGGCUGAGAGUAGCUGGCCCAAGGUCACCCAGUGAGCUUAACAGGGCCCCAGUCUUAGUCCAGCCCACUAACCACUGAGCCACACUGGCUCACCUUGACACUCCAAAUUGAGCCUCCUUGAUUAAGGGCAGUAUACCUCUGGGUGGCUGUGGAGGGAUUAACCUGCUUACGAGUGUUUCAUGGCCUUGGCUGGAAAGAGACCUGAAUUAGAUGAACCCUUGAUCUGAUUUAGGAAGGCCAUUUAUGCUUAUGGCUUUAAUGAACUUAGAUCCCUGUAAGGCCUUUUCCAUUAUGAGAAAUGUUUGUAGUGUCCCACUGGGAGUUUUGGAGUACUGAAGGCCUUUCCACUUUUGCAGCAAUUCUGAAUUUCUGUCUAUUUUGCCCAUGCAUCAUACAGUGUGUUAAUUCUCUAUGAGUGCUAAUUUAAUUUCACGGUCACCAGCAAACGUCUGGCUAGCAGGAAGGCUGUGCAUAUAUACAUCUUCCUAUAGAAGUGACAGAACUCCAGAUUGAAGAUAAGCACACAAGUACUGUUUCUGCCUGGCACUCAGUUUAUAGCUUCUCCUCUCCCGUCCCUCCCUCCCAGCCCAGUCCAGUCCAGAGACAGAAUCUUCUGUUUCUCUUUGAUGCAGUCAAAGGGUAGAGAUGGGUCAUUCUGCUUGGAGGCACAGGCUAACUCAGGAUCUCCCUCUUCCUAUCAAAGUCCUGAAGAGGGCAGAGUAUCUGUGAGGUCUAAUCCACUGUCGUUUUUGUUUGUUUUCUCUUCAACCGUGAUGUGGAACUCUGGAGCAAGCCUGGUUUCGCAUCCCAAUGUGAAAUCUGUGCGACAGCUGAAUUCACUUUAGGUCAAAAAAAUCCCCACCCUAGACUUUUUUCUCUCUCUUUUUUGCAUCAAUCGUAGUCCUAACACUUCCUGCUUUGGGCACCAGCCCAAGGCUGCCACAGCUUUCACAUUCCAGAGCUCUCCCCCAGCAAGCCCAGAGGAUUAAGAAACACAACUUCAUUGCUUUUCCUUAUUCCUCCUUGUGCUGAAUUGGGGAGUGUGGGGGAUCACUGGCACUUGAGCAAUAGGCAACCAGGCCUAAACCCAAAGACUGGGGCUGUUUGCCUGGGAUCUGCAAUGGCAGGGUGGCUCUCUCCCAACAAUAAGGCAGGCUGCAUCAGAUCGCCUGCCAAAUGCAAUUAUUUGCAGGGUAAGUAGCACUGAAACAGGCAGAUUCUCUGCAGGCGCAUAGUCUGCCAUGGAUGGAGACCAGGGGGAUUUCUGGAGUACUAACACCAUCUGAGCCCAGGCUAGAACAAGGCGCGAUUCAUUCACUUCCAUAUCCAAAUGAGAAGGCCUGAGAGGCUCAUCUCCCUUGGGAAGUAGUCACACACAGUGAAAACUGUGACCAGAAAUAUGGCUCAGAAUUUACGCCUGGGGGAAGAUUCCCUAGCAGCUGGAUGGGUGAGGGCAACAGGACUGACAGUCUCCUGCUUCUCUCCCUGUAGAUGUCAAAGUGGCGGCUGUUACUGUUGUGGAGCUUGGUCCUGGCUUGGCCUGGUGAAGGAUCUCAGCGAAGCGAGAUGUUCACAGCCAUCACGGAUCAGAUCCUCCCGCCUGACUAUGACAGCAAUCCGACACAGCUCAAUUAUGGUGUGGCUGUGACUGAUGUGGACCAGGAUGGAGACUUUGAGAUCAUCGUGGCUGGGUGGGUACCAUGGAUAAUACUGGGUGCUGUCAGAGGUAUGAGAAUGGAGGUGGCUGCCAGGAAAGAGGGUACCAUGGUUGGGAUGAGCUUUGACAUGAUGCAGGACUAGGCAGGUUUACAUACACAUUCCCAAGUCUAGGCUAGGUAUACAUGCAUCUUUGACAUGUCUCUCUGAGGUAGGGUGGGGGUGGGUGGGGAGAGAUUGCAUGUCUUUCUGGUUUAUUUUGGAGAUUCUAGGCUGGAGGCAAGUGUAGGCUUGGUGUCGUUUGGUGUCCUCAACCUCCCCAAGGCAGCCUACCUUUGUAAAAAAAAAAAGGCGAAAGAUUUAUACGAUCUGAAGAGAAACCAGAGUAUGGCAGCCUACCUUUGUUCUAGAGCAGGGGUGAGAAACCUUUUUGGCUCCUUUGGCCAAAUUUGACACCAGAUGAUUGGGCGCUUUGAAGUCCUAAAGUCGGGACUUCAAAGCACCAUGCACAUGCAGUCCAGCGGGCCUCAGCUGAUGGGUGGUAGAGCCAAGUCCUGCUUUAUGCAAUCAUCCAGUAGAAUUUGGUUCUAGCCAGCUUUCGCUUUGGCUGAAGCCUACUUUCCCUUGUAAAUGCACAACUGUGGACCCACUUUUAAGACUCCUGAUUUGUGCAUUGGCACCUGUGUCUAUACCAGCCCCACACUGAUGUCACAUUGACAUCAAGUAUGGGGAAGGUGUGUGUGGUUUGGCGGAAACGGCCUCACAGGCAAAAUCUGAACCCCUGGCAUGGGCCAAGUUUGGUCCAUGAGCUGGAGGGUGGGUUCUAGAGGGAUGAAAAAUGUGUAUAUUUCUGCUCUUUCAUUCUGAUGUUCAACAUGCUGGGGUCAGGCUGUAGCACCUGAAAUAAACCUGAAGUAAUAACAGCGCAAAGGUACGGAUGGAGGCCUGAACGUGCAUCUGCAGUAAAGCUUUCCUUUAGCAGCUGUCUUCCCAAGUCAUUUCUCUGACAAACUGUUUCUGCCUGCAGCUGCCUUAGAGCCCCCCUUGCCAGCUGGCCACCCGGGAGUCAUGACCUGGUGGAUGGGCACUGCAGGGGGGCUGUCCCUUUAUACUUGGCCACCACUUGUAUAACUUGUCCGGCCCAUAAAACAUUCUCUGAAUUGCACUGAGCUGGGGGAAGGAGCAUAUAUCUGCCGGAUAACUUUUAUGUCUGGCGUUUCCUGGAUCGUAUUCACCUCUUCGGCUGAGUUCACUUUCCCAAGAAAUCUCAUUUCUUCGUAGCCUCCGUCUCUCUCUGAAACCCUUGAAUUCCUCCUUAGGUGUUGCUCUGUCCUGCCCAUCCUUAAUGCAGCAGCAAGACAAAGUAAUAACACGGCUUGUAAAGGCUUGGGGAUAUUAGGGUCCCAGAAUUUUCUCUUGGGCUGCUGCGCUCAGCUGUCCAAAGCCACAUUGUGUGUUUUAUGGCCACCCAUGUCCCCUGCCUCCUUGCCCCACCUUGCUCCAUGCAAGUACAUUCUGCAUUUGCCUCUGUGGAACAGAGCACCCCACCCCAAGCUCCCCCAGUCCAGAAUGCUUUCAUUCUCUUUGUGCCACAUGAACACAAAAAGAAGCACAAUUUCUUUUGCAGCAACAAGUUUAACUGAGGGGUUGGCUCCUUUACUUUGUGAUACAGGGCCCAACUUGUUUUCCAGGCAUCGUUAUGUAAAGUAGAUGCACAUCCUUCCAUUCAGAAGGAUCCUGGGCUCUCGUUCUUUAACAUUACAAACAAGUGAGUCAUGCAACAAAAUGUUGCAACGUGGAGUUCAGGAUUCCAGGCACUCAUUCCAUUCCAUUUUCCUACCCCCAAAGUCUGCCCCUCUUCUUCUUUUGCAUUCCUCCUUAUACCUCCUUCAUGUGUGUGUUUGGUGCCAUAUUCGCUGAGCAUCAAAAAUAAAAGCUAUAUCACAUUUGCCCUAAUACCCAGCGCCCCAUAUCACCUGUGUUAAAGCUGAACUGCUGUGGUGUGUGCCUUGAGCUGGUCAUCCACUCUAAGGCGAGGCAAGCCCUUUUCUCUUUUCACCAAGUCCUCUUGCCCAGCUCCAAGGUCAGCAGCCUAUGCAGAUGAGCUGACUUCAUGCCCCCUUAGCCAGCUCCUUUCCUCCAAGUGGAUAGCCAUUCUUUUCCAGAGUGUGGUCAUCCGCAUAGCAGCACACUUCCUGGCUGCAGAAGUUACCCUCGCCCCAUCAGCAUUAUCAGGCCAGAGUUUCCACCACAUUCUUUAUGAUGUGGCUGCCAUCUUGUAAUUUACUUACUUGUUUACUUACUUACAGUAUUUCUGUACUGCCCAGUGUACUGCCCAGUAACAAAAGUCCCUUGGCUGGUUUGCACUAAAACAAGACAAUAAUAUGUGAAAAUAUAAUAACAGGUAAGCAUAAAGCUGAAAACAGACUAAACCUAGCAGCAGAAUAAAUCCAGAUUUAAAACCAGCAGUGGAGAACAACAACAGUGGAAAAGAUCUUAAAAGUGCUAAGAAAUUUAGGAUAGAACUUUUAAGACAGGGAAGCCUAGGAAAAUAAAAAGGGGUUCAUCUGGCACCAAAAAGACCACAGCAGAGGCAAGAGGUUUUAGGGAAGGCAUUCCAAAACAAAGAUGCCCCACUAUAAGGACUCUUUCUCGCUCUCUGGUUGCUACCCACCAAACCUCAUUCACUGGGAGUACCAGAGAGAAGCCUCAGAAACUGACCAUAGAUAGUGUUUGGCUGUGCAUAUGUGAGACAAGGCGAUCCUUCACGUAUCCUUGCCCCAAGCAGGUUAGGACUUUUGACUUGGAACCCAAACUACCUUACCCUCUCCCCAGUCUUUAGGGUUGAGUAUCUGACAGCAGCAAAAAGCAAUGUGAAAAAUGGCUUGCACUUAAGGAAAAGCAAAGGUUCCCUUGCUGUGACUAGGCACUCUGGCCAGUGGCAUCUCACCUGGACUGAGCAGCUGCUGGCAUUCUCUUGGAGGGAGGGGCAAGCCUUUCCUCUCCAGGUUCUCUCUUGCUGUGCUGACAGGCCUCGGUGUGCACCAAUUGACAUUGUGUUAAUUGGCUGCAGAGCGAGGAAGUGCCCCAGCUCAUUAUUGGCAUACUUGGCUUGCAAAGGUGCACAGCAGUGAGCAAGACAUUCAGCUGUGCGUAUCCCCAAUCUUCCUAGUUCCAAUUGGUGGGGAUGAGGAGCGGAGUUGAAGCUUGGCCAGCUGCUUGAAGAGCCAGCCAUCCGGCCCAUUCCACAUUGUCCUGAUAGGGAUCCAACAGUUUUGCAUCUGGAGGGAGCAAACAUCAAGGGAGAUUUCAAUGCAAGCAUAAUAAAGACUGGGUGUGCAUAUAUGUGUGCAGGUCCAGGAGGGCAUCCUUGAGAGGACAGCCCCUCCCCCAUGAACCAUACUGCAAUAGCAGCAGGAUUUCAGCUGUAUCCCAAGGAUCCCCUUAAUCUGCUAGCCAAAUAAGAUGCAGUCCUCAGCAAAGGAAGUGUCAGGCAAUACACAGAUUGACCUGAUUGGACUGUCCCUUGGAGACCUCUGCACAUGGUCCUUGUGGUCCCUUCCAACUGUACGUUUCUAUGAUUCUAUGUUCUAGACUGUCAGGAAACCCUGUAGGAAAGAAACCUUUGAGGAACUGCAAGCCACAAUACUUUUAACACUGUGAGACAGAAACCCCACACCUCAUGAGACAAAUCUAGGCUGUGGAGAUCUGCUGCUACCAUUACUACUAAUAUUAACACGGAUAUAAUUAUGAAGACUGCUGUCCUCAUGACACAAACAAUUUGAAGAAACUCUGAUUCCAAUGAGUGCUGCUAAAUCAUGGACUUCUGGGAUUGCACGAUUUCUUUACAGCAGGAAUAGCCAACAUGGUGCUCUCCAGACAAUGCUCAACUCCAGCUUCCAUCAGUCCCAGCCAGCAUGGCUGGUGAUCAGGGAUGAUGGGGGUCCAAUGACUUCUGGGGGCCUGUGGAAACACCAUCCCUGAUAUACAGCCUCUCUGGUGGGUCAGAUCAGUCUGCUGAUCUGACUUCUUAAAGUUUUAGUAAAGGGAAAUGUCUGCAUCAACUCAGCAAACUUGCUCAUUUACCUGUAUUUGUCUUUAACCUGAAUCCAUCCAUCCUUUUUGUCCCAUCGUCCCACUGACCUUUCUUCAUGGACUUGCAUUCCAAACCUGGCAUCUCCAUCAUUCUGUCCUGAACUGUCACCAAUUUGUCAAUGUUCUUAUUAAAGGGAGACGCUACUUCUUCAGUGGUGGCUUGAACAGUGCUGAACAGAGCAAGUAGGUUCUGCUUCUUAGACACACUGCUUCUGAGAAGGCAACCUCAAAACAACAUUUUGUCUGCUUUUGCCAUAAUCCUAGCUCACAUUUAGUUUAUGAUCCGCUAUAACUCCAGACACUUCUCAGCAGUAUUACUGCCAACCUAGCCAAGUUUUUCUAAAGUUCAGUUGGGGUUUUUUCCUUCAAAAUGAUUUCCUCUUUUCCCCCAGCUCACCUGUGGCUAGGAUUUUGAUUUGCCAAAUUCAUUUUUAAUUUGACUCCUAUCCCCUAAAAUGUUCACAGACCUUGCUAGUUUGUGUCACCUGCAAGAUUAAUAAGUAGGUUCUCCAGCUUGCUAAUAGAAAUCAAGUAACACCAAAUCCAGGUCUGAUCUAUGUAGAAGAGCUUCAACAAUGCAUUAAGUGUUCUCUGGGGAAGAAUUCCAUUAUUCCUCCACCCGUCAGAUGGUAGCAUUUCCCCUUUCAUCUUCUGGUUUUGUCAUUAGUGCUGGUGCAACUCCAAGAAGCAUUCUAUAGCAAACACCCCCUCACAUGCCCAGUAUCUCCUCCAGCGCAUGCCAGAGAAGCUAUUGCUGUCCAAGAUGUGCUCAUACCAGAGACUGGCUGAGUCUUGCUGAAGUGAGACCAGGCUGACCUGGCGAUCUCUGUUGCAGGUAUCUUCCUUCCUCUGCCAAUGGAGUGUCUGCUUCCAAGCUGUCCAUAUUCAGCAAUGUCAAUUCAGAUACCACUUCCACAUGGUCUAUGGCCACAUUGUUGAUACUUGGAGCUUAAUAGCACAGAUGCUGCUGUUGUGCCUGGAUGUGAAAUGUUAGCAGUGGGAGCUAAGGAGCUGAAUGCAUCACCUGAAGACAAGUCUGGGCACAAGCAGGUUUGCUGCUGUUGGCUUCUCUUUGAUCACUGACACGUGCUAGCUCAAGGGUUUACUGACAUUCCCAGAGUAAGUGCUCACUGUGGUCUGAAAUGGGAUUGUGCUCCUACUCCAUUGCUAAGGAGUCUGUUUGGAUGACCCAUCCCAUCUGUGUUCUGUAGUCUUGACAAGGGCGGUGCUCCAUAUUUUCCUGGCCUAAGAAUGAGGAGUGGUUGGGCCAGAUGGGAGGGGGGGGGAUUAAAACCCUCCCAGGGAGCUUGGCUGCAACCAUCCCAGGGAGAUGUUGAGGGGGGGAGGGGAGAGGCAAUUAUCUGCUUCCCUCCCGUGCCAGGCCAUAACCAUAAACAGAGACGGGACAUUUCAUAACCCAAUGACUGCUGCUUGUGUAACUUGUUUAUCCGAGGCCAGGGUAUAGCGCUUGCUGAGUCAGCCCAGGCAGAAAGCCCUAAGUUGGGAACUGGUGCUCACUCAUCUGUGCAAGAGGCACUAGACAGCUUUUUAAAAUUUGGAAAGGGAAAGGCUCAAAAUUCAGGCCCCUAUCUGGUACAAGUAACUUAGCUGAGAUUAUUACAAGAUCUGGGAGACUUUGAGCAUGUUCAUACAUAGCAAAAAGCUACAUUUUAAGCUUCAUGUACUCCCUUUAAUUUUCCAAUGUCCAAAUGAGUUUUAUGGGCAAUGAAACGGUAUGUAGCAACAGUGCCCAGCCCUCUGCUCCAACUUGCCUGGCUUUGGGAGCAAGGUGGGAGAGCAUUUAUCCUGCUUUGCCAUCCUGGAUCUCUUAAAGCCUUUAGCACUGGAGUUGGCAAGUUCACCUGGUUAAGCGACAAAAUACUUUUCUCAGCUCUCUUGGGAAAGCCUUUAUCAAGAAGAAGUGGUGUUGUGCUGCCUUAACAAGAGAGACUAGAGUUAGAACUAUUCAAAACCAUCUGUAGGCUGAGUUCCUUUCUCAUGCCUAGCUACUUCUAAUUUGCUUUUGCACUUGUUCCUAAUGUGUGUCCGGCUCCUGAGAGAGGGGUGGAACUGCCUUAUCCAAUAAAGUUUAUUAGCUGCUCAGAUCUAGAGCGCUCUGGAUCACAGACUACCACCGUUCCGGAAAGACCUUCACCAUAGCCUAGGCAGCACUGUGCUUUUCAGUGGAGUGCAUGUCCAAUCAGGCAAAGGCUAUGCCAACCACAAAAAUGUGACAUAGAAAUAAGACUCUGGAAGAACUCAGAGCAGCUGUUAACCCUUUCACACGGCGUUCAUCACACGAAAGCCUCCUUCCUAUUCAUGAUUACAGAUGGGGAGUAGGGGGAAUAUUGUAGCCAGUCAUAUGAGAAAAGCUUCAGAUCAUCUGACUAUCAUGUACUUGUUGAAAUCAUUGGGAAGCAUCUGAAUCCAUGUUCUGUUUGAGAAUGAAGAAAUGGACAGUGUGAACAUUUAUAGGAACUCAUUGCUUUUGAUAUGGCUUCAAUGAUGGUGUGGUAGAUUUCCCAAAGCCAGUUUUUUCUUCUCCCAAGUCUCACAGGCACCAGCACUUUCAGGUGAAUCUGGCCAAUAUAUUGAUAUGUUCACCUCUGAUGCACCUCUGAUGCUCAGAAUUCAGCCUCCGAUGCAGCUAUGGCUCUUUUUAUCGAUUGCGCUUCACAAUCAGGCCCCAAUCCUGAUUCCCCUUGGGUGCUGGCAAGCGUUAUUUUCUCCAGAGCAUUGUAACAUUGUCCUCAAGGUUUCUCCCUCCCUACCUGACCUCCUUCUCCUCUGCUGUAUUAAUUUUCUCUCUCUAGACUGUGCAUUUUCAGCCUUCGCAAACUCCAUGCUAACCACAUUAGAGUCACACAUCAUUAGCUGCCAGAUGAAACUGCUCAGGCGUUUCUGCAACUUUGCAUUGUGUGAUGUUAGCAUGGAUGGAUGUCUAAAAGAAUCCGGGUCUCAUGCUGGAUCUGACUAUCAGGGUUCUAAGAAGCUGAUUAACUGGACGUUUGGCAUGGGAGGGUGCCACUGGGCCGUAGCUGUCCCGAAGACAGGCAGGUGCUGAAUGAAAGCAGUACCCUAAGCCUUUGCCAUCCCUGUACUAGAAGUGCCAGCUGUUGCCUGCCAGGGGUUUCCAGACUAACCCAAUGUCAUAAGCCGGUUUGGCAUUCAAGCUCCAGGUGGGUUGUGUUGAUCCCCAAACUGACAAGGGUAAUUUCAACCUGAAUCUUCUGGGCAUCAGAUCUCUGAUAGAUGUUCAAUGCUUUCAAAUAAGCUCCUCCUUGGCUUGCUUUACCAGCUGGCUUUUAUUUCCUGGGAAGCCCCAGUACUGCCUUUCUGGAUCCCACAGUCCUUCAAUUUGAGUGAAAUGAAUUAGAAAAAGGAACUCUUCUUCCAUAGAGAUGGGAGCCCCACAGCCAGAAGCCCACCUCCAAAUCCUUAUCAUUUAACCCUGCAGUUAGAAGGAUAACCACCCACCAUCUACUGCAUGGUGGUCUGAAAAUCUUACUGCCCUUUGCACAUUUGAACAUAGAACCGUAGAAUUGUACAGCUGGAGGGGAUCCCAGGGGUUAUGCAGUCCAACUGCCUGCAGUGCAGGAAUGUCAACUAAAGCAUCAUGUAUCAAACAAUCAUCUGUCUCACCUGGAUACCCUUUUGGGCAUAUGGCUGAAUUAUAUGAAUGUGCAAUAUAUGUUUAAAUUAGGUAUGAUAGCUCAUUCACAUAUAUAUUUUUGCUGGGUUGGUGGAUUGUUCUUAUUGUUCAUGGGUGCUGAUGGUUCCCCCCUUUUCUUUUAUUUACAGUAAAGUAAGAAUUUAAAAACCUUUUUGCAGUGCUAUCUACCUGAUUUGGAACGUCUACAGUGCCAGGUUUUACAGCAGGAUUAUGGUAAUAGUAGAUACUGUGCUCUGAAAUGGAGCCAGCCAUGAAACCCAUGUUAUGACCUUGGCCUUGCUGUUCUUUUUGUUGUGGGGAUUCAGUGGGAUAGUCCCCUCGUUUGCUGCCCUGAACUGCAGGGAGGAGAAGCAUACAAGUGGAAUAAAUAUAGACAUUCUGAAGUCUCCUCCAUGUUUGGCUUCAAGCUCUACUCUCUUUGUGACACACCCUUCCCUUUCCCCCAGGAAUAGCAGUGAUGGGAUGUGCCCUUUGCUGCCUCUCCCAGUAACCCCACGAAAUGAGAACGGUGGACUUUGAUUUUCUGGAAGAGAUCUUGUGGGAAGGGUCACUGCUACCUUGAAGCACCUCCCACAUCACAUUUCCUGCUCUCCAUUCUUUCAGGUACAAUGGUCCCAACCUGGUGCUGAAGUAUGACAAGAUACGGAGCCGGCUGGUGAACCUUGCAGUGGAUGAACGUAGCUCCCCAUAUUAUGCACUGCGGGAUCGCCAAGGCAAUGCGAUUGGUGUGACAGCAUGCGACAUUGAUGGGGACGGGCGGGAGGAGAUCUACUUCCUCAACACCAAUAACGCCUUCUCUGGUGAGUGCGAAAGCUGUUCCUUCCUGACAUUUGCCUGCUGGCAACCCAGUUAGCAUAUCCAGCUUCUCCUGUGCCCUAUGAACAUCCUUGUCCUUGAUUUCUAUCCAUCAAGACCCACCUGCCUCUCAAGAAUCACCUUGAUCAGUCUUACAUCUUUUACUAAGUUCUUGCACCUACCCAUCGUCUGCCAUGAGCCAUCUCUAUUCACCUCUGUUGUGACGUGCCCAUCCCAUAACACCCAUUAAACACGUGGUACCCACCCAUCAGUCCACAUUCACUCACUGAUGAUGAAAACAUGAUGUUUUCUUCACAAAAGAUCUUAUCAUUAACAGUUCCUGGCAUUUAUCCUGCAAACAGCAGACUGAAAAGGGAAUGGGAGUGAUCCACAGAGGGGCAUGUGGCAGUGGUGGUGAUGGCCAGUGGUCACUCUCCUUUCUUGGCUGAUGUCCUGGCAGUGCAGGCUCCCUUCCUUCACACCGUUGGCUUUGGGGCUCUUCACCUGCCAGCCCCGAGCCACUGACUCCAGUUCCCUGACCUUCACUGGCCACCAGGGUGGGAUGUUUCAAGGCUGAAGUUAAUUUCCCAGCUGAGUGAUUUUGUCGAUUCUCUGGCAGCAGCGGGUGGCGGCGGGGGGGGGGGAGUGGGGGGGAGGAGAGACUUGGCUGCUGACUCAGGGCUUUGCCACAUCUCUAGUUGCCAGCAGGGACUGCAGCUCCAGGAGCCCUGGGAUCUCUGAGGGACAGGCAAGUAUCUCGCUGGGCAAGGAGACAUCCUUUGAGACAGCAUUGGGAUUAUGCAAUGGAGAAAGUAGUGAAACCCCAAAGCAUAUUCUUUCCCACCCCCACCGGCAAUGCUGCAACCUAAUGGUAGAGGGUCUAAUAUUUUCUUUUCUGGGAAGGUGGUUCCCUAAUUCCUAGACUGCUACUAAGAGACCCUUUGCUGCUUUAGGAGCAGAGGAGGUGUUCGGCAUGCUUUUGCAAUGCCUAGGUGUGACCAGCCUCAAAAUACGCACUGUUGGUUCUGUCCCAAGGCCAAGCCCCUUCCUAGCGGCUAGUUAGGAAUUGCACCCAAGUCAACAGACGCUUUGCUUGGAUGGCUUCACAUGUUCAAAUCCUAGAAAUAUGUUGCUUGAUCAGAUCUGGCAGCCUGUGACUUGCUCUUAGGGCAAUGGUGGCCAAACUUGGCCCUCCAGCUGUUUGGGACUACAAUUCCCAUCAUCCCUGACCACUGGUCCUGUUAGCUAGGGAUGAUGGGAGUUGUAGUCUACACCAUUUCUAGUCGGAACAUAUCUGGAAAAGAUAAAUGCCCUCCUACCACCACCGCUUUUCCUUUGGUCCAAAGCACUGCUUGGGGUCUCCGGAAAUCUGCCUAGAAAAGCGACCACUUCCCCAUCGCAUCCUUCCCGAGUAGGGCUGGGCCCCUCACCUGCAGCAUCGACCUGCUCUUGGCUCCACUUAUCAGUCUUCCUGACACACCUAAUUACUGCUUUGCAGCUGCCAAAGGCUCCCUAAAUCAGCCAUUCACAUUACUCCUGGCAUCAGGGUCCGGCCAGUGCCUGCCAUUGAUUUUCCCCUUUCCCUUUAUGAUGAACAUGGCUCCGCGCUGCUCUGGCACAUUUUACCUUAAUGAGUUUAUUCUUUUGGGCCUCCCUUACCAGCCCUUAAGCUUUGCUGGGGUUGCUGCAUUCAUUGUCGCGCAGUCCUGAUCACAACCCUGCAGUACCAGAGAGCAAUUAGGCAUUGGGCGAGGCCGGCAGAGUAGGGGGAGCCCCAAAAGGCGGAUGAUCAGGAAGAGGCAUCUAUGGGCAGAGGGAAUGUGAUCCAAAUGGGACAGCCGCAAGGGUUCAAUCUAGAUCAUGAUUCGGGGGUGCAUUCAUCACUUGCAAAGAUCUGCAUCUAUGGGUGUCACACUUGCAAAGUGUAAUGCUGCAGUUCAGAGCCAGGCUUGCAGCAAGUCUCUGCACACCAAACCUGCAGUUGCUGGAGGCUUAGGGUGCCUCCAGACUGUCAUUAUUUUGCAAGAGCAAUUCAAUUUAGAUUUGUGUAAUUCAAAUGGAUUAAAGCACUCUGCUGCCCUAGCUCAACAAACCCACUUGCAGGGGACUUUUUAUGGUUUGGAAAGUGACAGCAAAAUGCACUAAAGAGUGUGGCAUGAAGAAAUGAUUAAUGGGAAGACAUGUAAACACCCCAGAAGCAAAUCAGGAUGCAUGUUCAUUGGGUCCUUCCAGAUGUCUCUUCUCUUGAAUAUUCAUCAUUAUUUGUGCUCAUGAUGGUGUCAGGACAGUUUUAUAGGAUCCCACUUUCAAGCCUGUUCAUCCCUGAAAAGGUUUCAGGACAAACAUACUGCUUUGUUUGCAAUAGGUGUGUGUUCUGUAGUUCAGUGCUGAAAACCUGCAACUUUUCAUAUCGCAGAAGUUCGGGGUCAGUGGGUGUUUAUCCAGUUUUUGUUGCACUAAGCAUAAGUUCCCUUCCGAUGGUGAUGAUGUGGUCCAUGGGCAUCACUGAACAACUCAUAAAGUAGUAGAUUUGAGGGUGGUGUAAACCCUCCACUAAUGCACAGUUAUUGCAUCAGUGACAUUUUGCAGAAUAUACCCACAAAAAGCACCAGUCUGAAGGGACCCGUGGUCAUAUAACCUCCCCAUAAACAAAUCAGAACGAAUGCAUAGUCUAACCAGGCAAGAUUUGUGCAAGCAAAUCAGGAUGAAUGCUGAACAAACAGAUCGUCUGGAGCAUCAAUUAGGGAGGGCCUGUAGCAUAAUUACACGGUUAGGGCUCCAGAGAAAGUCAUGCACAACCCAGACUGAUUUCCUGUCUUGGGAGAGAAGGAGAGAAAGGGAGAGCUGAUUCAGCACCUGGCCAGGAGACCCUGAAACGUCUUGAUACCUUAUCUCUCCUUCCCAGGUGUAGCUACCUAUACAGACAAACUGUUCAAGUUUCGGAACGGGCGCUGGGAGGACAUCUUGAGUGAUGAGGUGAACCGGGGUGUGGCAAGCAGGUUUGCUGGGCGCUCCGUGGCUUGCGUGGACAGGACGGUGAGUGUGUGGAACAGGUUGGGGUGGGUUGGCUUGAGGCUGUGAUUUCAGGGCUGUGGGUCAGGCCCACGGGCAGGGGGGUGGCAGCUGGGAGCUGAAGAUGCACCAGUGCAGUUGUAUGGAGGAGGGGAGGACAUGGGCUUAGAGGGGCCUGCUCUCCACCCAACUUCUCAAGGCCGAGCUCUGCCUCCCCCCCCCCUCACAGCUGUCAGGACUCCCAUCAGGGACUGCCAUGCCAGGCGGGUGCCGUGCUGCUGAUAAACACAGCCUGUCUAGGUGAUUUAUGCCCCUGUCACCUGCGCUUUCUUCUCCCUCUGCCUUGCGUGGCUUAUUUUCAAACGAUUAUUGCUAAAUCAGGGUGCCAUGAGGGAAACAAUGGGGGGGGACAGGGAGUGGUUGGAAGAGAUGUCUGAGGCAAAACAGGGGAGCAUGAAGGAUGGCACCCCCCUGUUUGGGAGCCCAUGGCUGGACUACGCCACUUCUGCUCAGGUGCCUGCGACUGGCUUUACCUUUAUAGACUCAUCCCUGUCAGGGCCCUGGGUGUGGCACCCUCUGCAUCCGUCCUCGUGCUGGGAAGAGAGGGGUCCAGUCCAGUGAAGACUCAGGCCUCUCACCUGCCCCCACGUCCCUUCCUACAGGGCUCUGGCCGCUACUCCAUCUACAUAGCUAACUAUGCCAGUAUGAGAGUUGGGCCCCAUGCCCUCAUCGAGAUGGACACAGCUGCCAGCGACCUGGAGAAUGGCAUUGUGGCACUGAAUGAUGUGGCGGCAGAUGCCGGAGUCAACAAGUUCACAGGUAUGAGGGCAGAGGAUUGUUCUCCCAAGAGCUAGCCCAGCUUAAGGGGAAAGGCUGUUGCUCAGUGGUAGAGCUUCUGUUUUGCAUGCAGAAAGUUCUAGAUUCAGCCCCCAGCAUCUUCAGGAAGGGAAAAGAGUUUCCUGUCUGAACUCAGUUGGUAGAGCAUGAGACUCUUAAUCUCAGAGUUGUGGGUUUGAAUCCAGUGUUGGGCAAAAGAUUCCUGCAUUGCAGGGGGUUUGACUAGAUGACCCUUGUGGUCCCUUCCAACUAUACCAUUCUAUGAUUCUAUGACUCUAAAUACUGAGCUAGAUGGGCCUGUGGUUUGGCCCAGUAUAAGGUAGCUUCCUAUGUUCCUAUAUGUGGCUGGGCAUUACGAAGAGUGACAGAGCUCCUCUAGCAACUGCCACAUACGUCUACCAUUUUGUUUUCCUACAAUGCCUUAGAUGUUCUAUUGUUGGAAAAACACGCAGAUCCCGGCUAUUAGGAAAACUAAAAUAGCAGUCAAAAGCCAAGUUUGGCCAACUAAGCCCAAGCCUCCAGUAUAGGGAGGUGUCAGGUCCUGGCUGGAUGGUGAAGAGUGGUGGAAGACACCAGCUGGGAAACCUCCCCCCCACUGGAAAUCCCAGAGAGGGAAGAAUCAGAGCCAGGACAUUGGUGGUGGGACACUGAGGUGAGAUCAGAGGGGGGAAAUUGGGAGGAGAUGCUAGAUACUGAAGGGACAACAGAGUAGAGUGAGCAGGAGGAACCUGUGACAGGCAGCAGUUCAGACUCUGAGGCUGAAGCAGAGGAGGGUGGUCAAGAGACUACUGAAGCAUCCUGGGAGUUUCCCUCUCCAGCUGCGACAAGCUCCCAUCCCCCCUACUCCCCAAGAAUGUGCAGGAUAAUAAGGAGGGCAGAACAGAGACGAGAGGUGCACAGACACAGUUUGAGGCUGCCUAGGAAAUGUCCAGGAGAGGAGGAGCCUUAGGAGGGGUGGAGGUCAGGCACCUUCAGUCCUGGCAACUGGGAAGUGUUGCUGAGCUGUAUGCCAUUUUUGUCUUGCUCUCAGUCUCUAUGGCAGUGAACUGCCACUGACUAUUUUUGUAAUAAUUGUGGUGGUGACCAUUGCUGGUGAAGACUGAACCCCAACAUUCAAGUGAAGUUCACUAAUUGUGAAAAGAGGUGUAAGGGAUCAGGAGAGCGAGCUAAGAAGUGGAUGGCUUGAUGAUUUCUAAACAUCUUGACGGGAACUUGUCCCACCAGUAAUGCCCAUAUUGCGCUAACUUCUGGUUUUCACUGUUCCUCUUCCCAGGGGGUCGGGGCUUGGCUGUGGGGCCCAUCCUGAGUGAAGCAGCCUCCGACAUAUUUUGCGACAACGAGAACGGAGCCAACUUCCUCUUCAAGAACCAGGGUGAUGGUACCUUCAUAGACGUAGCGCCCUCUGCUGGUGAGUGAGUGGCAAGGGUGAGGGUGUCAUCGGAAGCCAUUAGCUGUGGGGCAGAACUCAUCAGAGCAGCUGCUUGGCCCUCUUUCAUCCUGGUGGGGUCCUGCCAUUUCCCUGUCCCUCUCCUUGCCUGCUGGUGUGUGUGUGUGAUGACAAGUGCCUGAGGGCUCAGCCACCACCAGUAAUUGAGCGUCUGGCUGAUCACUGGAGUUUAACGAGGUGUCAGGGUGGCAUCCAUCACCGUGGUGCUGCUGAUGACACCUAUUCCCUUUAGAAACACUCCUUCCUUGUCAGCAAGAGAAUAGGAGUAGGGGGACCUGCGGGGAGAGGCGGGAAGGAUGGGUUAGGUGUCCAUGGGAAUCUGCAGAGGUCCUCUGGCCCCUGCCUGUGGACUGCCUGCUCCACCAGCCAUCCUCUGCCCCCUGUAGCCUGCCCCCCACUGUCCCAUCCUUGACAGGCUGUAUUUGAGCCACUUGGGGCAAGUGCUGCCUCAUAACCUCUGAGCUGCUCAACCUCUGAGCCUGGCAUCAGCAGAAGGGAAGGCUCAGUUGAGUCCACAGCGUCCUUUUGCCUUCAGGGCACUCUCAGCCCUGCUGACUUCCUCUGCCGCCUCCCACAGGCCUAGAUGACCCCUACCAGCACGGUCGCGGCGUGGCGCUGGCCGACUUCAACCGCGACGGCAAAGUGGACCUGAUCUACGGUAACUGGAACGGACCUCACCGGCUCUACCUGCAGAUGAGCGCAGGUGGGCGCUUCCGAGUAAGUGUCACGUGGAAGAGGGAGGUCCCAAAACGGUGAAAGGCCUGGGCUGUGAGCAGGGAAGUGGUGGGAUCAGGGAGGGAGAGUCCAGUCCUUGAAGUGCCUAAGAAAGAGUGGAACAGAGAAGCCUUACUCAGGCAUUCAGUGAACGCUUGGUGUUGGGGAAAGAUACAGUGUGUGGGGUGUGUGUUUUUGUGCAAGGCCAUGUGGGCCAGCCACACUCCUAGCUCCCCGCCCCCCGCUCCACAAACACUUGCCAGCUUUCGUGCAUUGACUCCUGAGGUUCUGGAGGAGGAUUCUUUGUGUGUUCAGCUGGAUGCGCUUAGGAUCAGGAACGUUGUGCAAUCGAGAGUUCCCAGUUGCGGGCACACUUCCAAGUGCGCUCAGCUGAAUAUACGAACCCUUCCCCUUCAGACCCUUCCUGCUCAAUGUGCGAAGGCUGGGCUGGAGCAGGCAGGGAUCCCCACUGCCACCGCCACUCGGCGCUCCCUCUGUGCUUUAUUCCCUCCCCCCCACGCAUUCUGGAAAGCCAGAGCAGAACUGCAGAUCACCAAGGAGACUGCUGCCUUUGCCCCCAGCUGGGCCGCCAGAUGUUCCUUGUUUUUAAAGGGUUGCCUCGUCUUUUAGACCCGCGGCUCUGCACCGUUGCUUAUUCCUGCCAUGUCGACCAGGCAGCCUUUCCCUCUCCUUGGUUCCUUCUCCAGCUGCUGCCUUGCAAGAGACUGCAGUCUCUGCGCUGUGCCCAGCUCCUCCAGCUCUGCUCCCCUCCCCACUCCACAGCUCCCGUGUAUUCUGGCCCUGCCAGCCACAGUGCCUCCUGACCCCUCCCCUCCUUAGACCUGAGCUUCCUCUUGGCCCUGCUCCAGCCCAAGCCCUGCCCCACUAACCCCCGUCCUUCCCCCAGGACAUUGCCACGCCCAAACUGUCCAUGCCAUCACCCGUCCGCACCGUCAUCGCUGCUGACUUUGACAAUGACCAGGAGUUGGAGGUCUUCUUCAACAACAUCGCCUAUCGCGGCUCAUCCGCCAACCGCCUCUUCCGGUGGGUGAGAGCCACGUGGCCACCAGAGGCUGGGGCAGUGGGCUCCCCAUCUUACCAGGCUCCCGGGCACUGCAGGGAGGGCGACCCCCGCACCAGAGUCUGUGGUGAAGCCGCUUCGUCCUUAGGAAGUCCUGCAUGCAGAACUUGAGAAUAUGGGGAGAGGGAGGAGGGAGGGCUGGAUUCUGCAUCCAGAAUCUAGCGCCUUUUAGAUCCCCCACUGCCGUAACCCACAGGAGGGUGUGUUCUAUCCUGCUCUGCCCUCCCUCCGGUCAGCUGACAGAGCUGUGACUGAGCUCCUUCCUACACCGCUACUAAUACAGCAGUUCUGUUCCGCCUAGACCACAUCCCUGGAGGUUCUGGCUUUCACUAAUUAGCACUUAUGCACGGUUCCCAUUAAUUGUAGGCAAUCAAUGGCUCGUUAAACAGAGCCGCUUACAUUUCUCAGGCUAAUAAAGUGAUAGCAGCAGCAUGUGGCAAAUCUGGGCAGUCCGUGCGGAAACCUGUUGCUAUGCGAGUGGGCAGGGCCCCUUUCUAGGAAGAUAAGGAUUUGGCAAGAUAGUGUGUGAGCAAAGGGUGGUGCCCACUCAGGAGUAGUGGUAGUAGGCUUGACUCCCAUGACGGGCCCUUUUGUGGGAGGGAAGAGCAUCUUCUCUGCACUGGCACACUCCCCUUCUGCCACAGGGUGGUCCGCCGAGAGCAUGCUGACCCGGCCAUCGAGGAACUGAACCCUGGUGAUGCCGUGGAACCCGAGGGGCGUGGCACAGGUGGGUCUCCACAAUGUCUCUUGUGGAACAUGAUCAGGUGGCUUCGCUUAGCAGGAGUGGGCUUAGUGAACAGAGGGGUUACUCUAACCACCAGACGGCCUGGGGUGGGGGCUUGUUCCAAAAUUCGUAUUUAUAUCCCACCCUGCAUAUAAAUAAGGUAAAGGGACUCCUGACCAUUAGGUCCAGUCAUGGACGACUCUGGGGUUGCGGUGCUCAUCUCGCUUUAUUGGCCAAGGGAGCUGGCAUACAGCAGGGAUUAUCAGCAUGGGGAUGGAUGUGGGGAGCAUCUUCUCACUGCAGAGACAGCAGGUACUCAAAAGAGAUGGGAGAGGAUUGGCAGAGCUGGGGGCUUCGGUAUCCCAUGAAAAGAUCAGAACUUUAUGAUUUGGUGGGUGGAGGGGAGAGGGACAAAAUAUCCUCUUGCCCCAAGCCAAAAGGUCUGUGAUCUGGUCACACAUGCUUGGCCAACUCUUAGAGCAAAGCAUGAAAGCAAAGUAUUAAUAAUAAUAAUAAUAAUAAUAAUAAUAAUAAUAAUAAUAAUAAUAAAAUAAUUAAUAAUAAUAAUAAUUUCAGCACUUUUUGUGAAACAUCUCUAAGUGUCCUUCAAAAUAUUAAAAUACAAAACAACUUACCAAGCAGAAAGAAUUCAUAGCAUAUCAUAACCCAUAAAAAUAAUUAAAGUGUGCCUCCAUCAAGAAGAAGCAAGAUGACUCCUACACCACUAAAAGGUGAAACCAAGCCAGGCCAGAAUCUUACUUCAUGACUAUUACAUUAAGAUCCAGGGGUUGGCUGUGUGGAAUUCCCACCCACCACCAAGACGCUAAAAUCUUGAGUAACAUUCGCAGAAAUGAUGUCGCCAUUUACAAAGCAUUUGGCACCGGGAACCGAAACAGUUUCUGGGGUGAACAGGCACACGGAUGGUCAGUGUCAGUGGAGGCAAUUUGGGUGGACUCAUGGGGCAGAGAUGUAAGAAGUCCUAUUGUGUCAUUCCAGGGGGGGCAGUGGUGGAUUUUGAUGGAGAUGGAAGGCUGGACCUGAUCCUGUCACAUGGAGAGUCCAUGGCCCAGCCGCUUUCAGUCUUCAAGGUCAACGAGGUGGGUGCUGAGAGGUGCUCCUCACAAUGUGCUCAGAUCCCAACCCACAUCUGAGCAAGCAUAGACCACUCCUUCCUCCUUUUUGUGCCUGCUCAUUCCUUGGUUGAGUCUGUCCAUCUCCACAGGGCGCUGGCAACAACUGGCUGCGAGUGAUCCCACGUACGCGCUUUGGGGCAUUUGCUCGCGGUGCCAAGGUGGUGCUCUUCACACGUCAGAGUGGUGCCCAUCUACGUAUCAUUGACGGAGGGUCUGGGUACUUGUGCGAGAUGGAGCCCGUUGCCCAUUUCGGCUUGGGUGAGUGCGGAGGAGUUGGAAGCAGGGCUUGGAGCCUGAGCGGGGGGUGUGCCCUCCCAGGUCUCUUCUCGUCCUGUCCAUCUUCACGGCCAUCCCAAUGAUGCUUCUGAGCUUCCUGGAUCCCCUCUGCCGCUCAUCCCUGAUAAUACCUGCCCUGCACUACCAGAACACAUUGCAAGCUAUGCCGACAUUUGUUUCUGUCCUUCCUCUAACAAGCUCCCUUCAGUCUGAAACCUCUGCCUCUAGGCAUAAUGCCCCAUCUUUGACUUCUCCCAAGUCUGCUAAUGUUGCUGAAAAACAGGGUAGAUUUGGUGAAACCUACCUAUCCCCGGUGUGCAGUCCUCUUUUUUCAAAACAUUUAGAAAGUCUGCUUCCUGUCCUCAGCAGAGCGGACGUGCGUUGCAGCGAGGCCCCUGCCUGCCCCCUCCAGCUGUUCCUGCAGAAGGGACGGCAUGUCUCCACACCUCAUUACUCUUCCACAGCCCCGAGGUGGCCCAGCUUAGUGGGGCCUGGCUGGGUUAGACCACGCUGUGAGUUGAGAAGCCAAGUGGCACGGAAAGUCAGAGGGCCCGUGCCCCACAAUGCCCCACAUCACUGCUCACAGCUGGCCUUGUGCCCCAGAGCCAUGCUAGUGUUGGCUCAGAGUGCUUGAUGGAAGAACAUGACCCUCAUCACAUCCCAAGUUCUUUCAUCUCUGCAGGAAGAAAUGGUUGAAAGGGGGAGAGGGAAAGGAAAGCACAGACCACCGCAUGAGAGGAAGAUGGUUCUCCAGAGCAAUUCAGAUCCCUGGGUGGGCUGCACGGGUUUUUUUGUUUAUCUCUCCUGGGCUCAACCCUUCCUUGCUUUUCUUCCCUGUAGGACAGGAUGAGCCUAGCAGCCUGGAGGUGACUUGGCCAGAUGGCCGGGUGAUCAGCCGGUCGAUAGCAAGCAGCGAGAUCAAUUCCGUGCUGGAGAUCCCCUAUCCCCGGGACACUCCGGGAUCACCCCUUACCAUUCUGCCUCUGGAGGUGAGCCCUGCCUUUGCCAGCCAUGUGCAUCUUACUUAGAAUGGAUCCCUCCUCAAUUUCACCCUUUCCUCUUUGAAACAUUUUUCCAUUUUCUCAUCUCACUGAGAAAAAGGGCCAUGCAAAAUCCUGUUGGAGGCUCUGUGCUGACAGAGGUAUUAUUUUUGUCCCCUUAGAAAGGCAAAUUGCAAACCUAAGCUGUGUUUCCUGCAUUAAGGCAUGUCAAGAAUCCUCGUAAUAAUGUAACUCCUUCCAAUAACAAAUUCAGUGCCCCCUUGUUGAAAGAAAUGGACAUCAAAAGAGCCACUGAGGGUGUCUCAGCAGGCAAAGGGGAAUCCUGAGCUUCGCAGAAGUGCAAAUAAAUACAUCUAAAAAUUAAAUAUCAAAAGAGGGCAAUUCCCUGUCUCUUAAAAGAAAGUGAAGGCUGAGUAUGUUCACUGGUCCCUAAGAUUUGCGGUUCGCAGAGUGUCAUAUUAAAAAAACCCAGAAAAUGGGAGAGAGUGACUUGCUUUAGCUGCUUGUGACUUAUAGUAUGCUGAAAAAAGAUGCACUGCAAUAUUUUUUGUAGGGGCCUCUUCUUCCUUCUUAAGAGUGAACUGUGGUGGUUGAGGGCCUGUCAAGCAAAAUAAGUAAAGGUAAACGGACCCCUGACCAUUAGGUCCAGUCGUGACCGACUCUGGGGUUGUGGCGCUCAUCUCGCUUUACUGGCCGAGGGAGCUGGCGUACAGCUUCCAGGUCAUGUGGCCAGCAUGACUAAGCCGCUUCUGGCGAACCAGAGCACGGAAACGCCGUUUACCUUCCCGCUGGAGCAGUACCUAUUUAUCUACUUGCACUUUGAGGUGCUAAAUGGGGCCACCCAAAAUUAAGACAGUGACUUCCAAGUAGUUGGAGGGGCCCUAGAUUUUCAGAAGAAGUUACAUUUGGGGGUUGAAAGAAAAGGACAAGCUCAUGUGCUACUAUUGGGCAAGGUUUUCUCUCUCUUUCAAAUGCCAUUUUCUUUUAAUGGACAAACUUGGUGGUUACUUGCCCAGUUAGGCAACAGCCUUCCCAGGAGGGUGUCCACUUUCACAUACCCCCCCCCAAAAAAAGAGGACACAAGUUGGCAUAAAAUUUGCAAAUGUCAAGUUAUACAUAUAGAUGCAAACUGAAAAACAAUUACUAUCAUUUAAACAGAAAUACAGGUGGGAAGACUCUGGCCAGGUAACCUGUGUAUCUGCUCUGGCUGCUGUUUAGAUGCUAGCUACAGGUUCAGGGCCCCUGCUCACUUCCCCUUCUUAGAGUUCCUUAUUUUUAAACUGGACUUGGACCAACCAGACCGUUGAUUAGAGGAUUCCUUCAGGCUGAUCAGCUGGCCUAAUUUCCUACUCCUCUGUUAUGGGGUGGCAUACAAAUGCCACUAAUAACAUCAGUUAUUUGAGUCUGUUCCCUUUGAGUGGUCUGUUUUGGAGCUCCCUGAUUUGUGGCAGCAACAGUUCAAGUGAUCAGGGAGGCUGUAAACCAGCCGAAGGGGCCUUGGUGUGCUAGACAGAUAAUAACUGAAAUGACGUUUCUACAAAAUGUGCUUUCGUCAGCUCAGUGAAUUUCAACACUAGAGUUGCAGCGGAAGGAGGCACAGAAUGGCUAGACAGUCCGUGCCAAAAAGUUCUGCAACACGACUUCUUCAGCUCUAGCUGCAGCAGGAAUUGCUGGAGUUAUUCCUAGUGAAGUGGUCCAGAGCAGACUUUGUCCUUCCCCUGCCGGAUAAGGGCCAGCUAUGUAGGUUAGAUAACCUCUCUGUUUGGUGAAUGCUGAGUUGUGAAUUCUCUGUGUUCAAUGGCAAAUUUACUAGAUGUUAAGAGGACCUGCAUCUACACCAUGGAAAUGAACAAGACUUGCUCCUGUCCAUCCUCCCAAAGAAGCCCACUAUCCAGAAAUCUGACGUGGGUCCUUUACUGUGCAUUAUAGGAAAUCACUUGCAAAGGAUGCCCCAUGUUCUUUUUUAGAGGAAGCGGCUCUGAAUGUGAACCCAUUUGUACAUAUGGAUUUCCCCCUUCCAUUGAAGUGAAGUGGGAAGGCCAGAUGUCCCAUAUGUGAAGCGCAGAGUCUGGGUUUGGGUAGUCUGGCUGUAGCAUUACUCCCACUGCUACACAGAACUGUUAUAAAUACUGGAGAGAUGUGGAGUCGCAGCAAAAUAUGUCAUCCCCUUCGUCACAGAUCUUAAGAAGUCUAGAACAGCAUGCAACCGACCCUUUCCUUCUUUGCUGCCCAGAUUGCAGGACAGUGAAUUUGCCCAUUGCAAAACACUCGGAGGUGAAGAAAUAGGCGCACAAGGCAAUUGAGACCUUGGGGAAUGAUUGGGGAACUCAUCUCAUCUUCUGCCAGCUGUGAAAGCCCAGCCUAGGUUCCCCUGCUGUUUUAAAGUGUUGAGCCGAAACUUUCCGUAUACCUUUCAGAACUGAGAUGAUAACAAAAAGAGACUUAAGGGCUGAGAGCUACCACAUUAGCUGCUAUAUGGUCUGAGGCAGCCACACAAACUCCCUGAUUUCCUGGAAAUAGCAUCUUGGAGGAGGCAAGGCAGAGAGGGAGCUGAGGCUGGGAGGCAAUUAGGCAACACGGAUAACACAUUUCUUUCUUUCCCCCGCAGUGUGGCCAAGGCUUCUCUCAGCAUGAGAACGGGCGAUGUGUUGGUGAGUCACCUGCAAGGGGCAGCUCAGUGAAUGGUGCUCGGGUGCAAUUUCCUCUACCCACAUCUGGGCUCAAUGGGGCACGAGGCGGGCUCUUUGUGGCAGCCGUCCACAGCCACACAGCGGUAGUCUCUGGGGAUAAAGCAACAGCCCAACCGUGGUGUUAAGAUGCUGUUGUUAGAUUCUGUCCUGUCGUGGGCCUCCGUCACACUCUCUUUCUCUCUCUUUACCCCCCUCCCUCCCUCCACCCGCCCUCUGCCCCCUUUUCCCAGAUAUGGAUGAGUGUGCAGAAUUCCCCUUUGUCUGCCCCAGGGGCAGGCCCAUCUGCAUCAACACAUAUGGCGGGUACCGUUGCCGCAGCAACAAGCGCUGCAAUCGCGGCUUUGAGCCCAACGAGGACGGCACAGCUUGCAUUGGUGAGUGAUGCCAUUGGCAGACCAGAGGGAGGGAGAGAGAGAGGCGCUCCCCACAGGGGCUGAGUCCUCCCUUGAAGCCACCCAAGCAGUGAAAAGUUUAACUGAGGCUGGGUUUUCUUUAUUUCAUAAUCCCAAGAUGGGAAGGAGCAAGGGAAAGCAGUGAAGCCAGUGAGGUCCUGAGCUUGGAAUCACGAUCUCUGUACGUUGGCCAGUGAGAAGAUGGGGUGGGGGGCACUGUAGUGCCUGCUUUGUAUGCCGUGUUAGGAUGCCUGAGCAAAGGAGGAGAAGCGGUAAAGUAUACCUUCAGGCCAAAUAAUACAUCUGGCAUCAGGCAUGAGUCUGGAAAAGUGUAAUAGUUGCCGAACAGCUGCAAAGCAGUGGGCAAAGAGUGCAAUUUGCAGGGAGGUGUGGAAAUGGGUGCUUACCCCCCCACACACCUGUUGCUUUCCUCUGUAUGUUCAAUGGUAGGUAGGGUUACCAGGCCCUUGUCAGGCAGCAAACAUUUGGUUCAGCCCCUGAAGACCUUCCUCUUUGCCAACUGCCUCUAACUCUUGCCUUGUCUUUCUCUUUCCUUCUCUCUGUCUCUCUGUCUCCCUCUCUGUGCAGCUCAAGUGGCCUUUUUUGGUGGAUACCCUUCCUCAGGGAGCUGGCUGGGCCCCAUCUUGCCCUCUGCCCCUCUUCUUCCACUUUGCCUCGGACUCUGCUUUCACUCCUAUGCACUUUAAGCCUUGCCAAUAAAGGACAAAAAGCAGCCUUUAUAGAUGAAAGUGGCUUCCCCUGUACUCCUCCCCUCCAAUCUCUCUCAUCCAGUCUUCUCAUGGUGGUCCCUGGGAACAUGGACUGAGGUGGGGGCAGCCAUCUUUGCAAAGGGCACUACGCAGCCCGGCGGACGACACUCUCUCACUAGUGUCACACCCCUUGCAUGUUUUCUGAGAAAACAAGACAGGGCAGAGGCCCCACCAAUGCUUUGUCUCCUCAGAGUGGCUGCCAUCUUCCUAGGAGCUUGCCUUUAACCAAGAUGGCGGCUCCCGCUGGUAGUUGCUUGCUUGGUUAAAACUGAUAACAGUUACCCUGUGCCUGCUGGUUUGGCCUGUGACAUGAUUGCUUCCCUUCCCUCCUCCUCCUCCUGCUCCCCCAGCCCGACUGGACCGGGAUUCACCUUGACCUUGUCUUACCAGUGUGUGUCUGAAGUUUGAACCCACCCGGUCUCUCAGCUCACUCCACCCAAUAAACUCUACACUGUCUAUAAGCACCUGCUUGCAGCUAUACUUGGGGCUUUGGGUGGGAAUACGGGGCCACAACUUAUAUCCAGAAGAUCAAUGUAGGCCAAGAAUGAGGUGGUGCGAAGCUGUGUGCCAGUUUCCUUUUGUGAGAGACACGUGUGAACCUUCAGGGAGAUGGGUAGCCAUAACAGCCGCAGGGCAAAUGACUGCAGGCAUUUGCAUAGGACUUUGGCUACACACGAGGAGGCUUCAACUUGUAAGACAACUGCAUGUUGACUAUUUGCCUCCCAGCCAAGGCCAUGCCAUUCUACUAUUUAGUAGCUCAGUUGUUUGAGCUGUGGUGACGUCUUCCCUAUGCAAACAGCUCAACCAAAAUCUUUAAGCCCUUGUAAUUUCUAUCACGAUUGCAGAAUCUGUGGUCCUCCAGAUGUUGUUGGAGUCCUACUGGCCCAAUAGUCAGGGAUGAUGGGAGCUGUAAUCUAACAACAACUGAUUUUUGUUAGAUUAUUCUAAUGCAUAACAUGCACACAACAGAAGUGAGCAAAGCGCUCCAUACCAAAGAUUAUUACAAGGCAAAGGUAAGGGCGUCACAUGGAAAACAGGUUUCCAGGAUGGCCAAUGCCUAUUAUACUAUGAACACCAUAGCUGUGAAGGGGAUAUGCAUGUUUGUAAAUAUGCAAUGCAUAUGUAAAUAAAAUGAAUAAAAAUGGGCAUUACCCAAGGUGUCUUGAUUGGCCAUGAUUUCUCCUUUGUGUUAAUGGCUGUGCAUUUCCCAUUCUCAAGUUAUUGUGCUCCUGCCUUAGACACACUGAAAAACAUGGUUGCUACAAAAAGCAUUCAGUAAAGGAAGCCUAGAAGGCUCGGGCAAGCGAUUUGUGCCACAAACCAGGAGGGGGAAAGGGAAAAGGCAGAAAUCCAUGUAGGUACCAAUCAACCUGACUUGGUAGAAGAUACCUUCACAAACCCUUGUGAGGGAUCAAACCAUUAUCCUUGGACUACAAAUCUGGAUGAGCCUAUGUUAAAAUAUAUUGCAAGAACUAGAACCCCCAAAGUUCUUCAUUGGUUCAGAUUAAAAUCCAAGCCAGAGAAGGCCUAAAAAUGUCCCGUGUUCCUGCCUCCCAUCCAUCACUGCCCCUUCAUUUCCAUGCUUUUGUUUGUGUGUGUGCUUCAGCAGUCAGAGGGAGAGGACAGUUGGCAUGCUGUGUGCCAGAAGCGAGAAGCACUGGAAAAUGUAACUCCAGUAAUCUAUGCCAAUAGUUCUGGGAAACUACAUUUCCCAGUACACCUUGGGUCUAACACAGAACCAUAGCAGCAUGCAGACAGUAAAGAGGGAAGGGGAGGAAGAGACCCCUCUUCCUUUCCCUGCUGUUGGAGGAGCAGCAAAGACACAUGCAGAGGAACAAGGGGCUUGAGAGGGCAUAGACAGGUGAAUGGGUAUGGGUUGCCAUUGUGAGGGUUUGGAUAAAUUUUUGGAUCUUGUCAUUUUUGGGCACAAGUGUGUCUGAAACAGGCUUGGAACUGAGUUCAACAUCCCUCUUAACUAUUUUCUGAAUUAGGGGUGGGAUAGUUCAUUCCUGCUCCUCAUUCCCUACCCAGCUCAAUUCUAAACCUAACUGCAAAGUUCAUUCAUCACUACCAAUGAGUGAGUGAGUGAUUUUUUUAUUUUUUUGUUAUUAAGGAGAGAAAAGAAACUCACACCUUUUGGGGAGGGUUAAUUAUUUCCUGACCACAUUUGACUGUUUCUGAAACCUAAGAUGAUGCUUCUCAUUCAACACCCUUCAUAAGUUUAUCUGGCUCUCUUUUGACUAAUGACAUUACUCUUCCUGCUUCUAGAGAUACAGUUUCAGAAUUUCAUUCCAUACAUCUUUGUCUCAUUUGCAGCUUAAAUAUGCUUCUUGCGGAGAGAACAGAUCCCUUUGCUAUUUUUGCUCGUAGAAUCCUAGGACUGGAAGGGGUCGUGUAGGCUGUCUUCUAAUGUGGGGAGCCUGUGGCUUGCUCUCUGCUUAACUACAAUUCCCAUCAUAUCUAGCCAUUGGCCAUGGUUUUGGGGGCUGAUGGGAGCUGCAGUUUAGCAGAAUCCCCACACCUUACCUGAUGCAGGAAAUCUAAAAUUACAUCAAAAUUAAACCCAAAAUCCCAACAGUCCGCCGUUCAGCCUCUGCUUAGAACAUGUCUAGGGAAGGAGGACCCAAUCCCCACUGGACAUGAUUACCGUAGUUCCAUUGCCAAAGUUCUCUUAGCACUGAGAAGAUUCUCCUAAUGUUCAACCAAAAUCUACCACCCAGUAAUUUACGUCCAUUAGGUCUAUUUCUGUCCUCUGGAAUGCAGAGCUUUUGUGGUUCUUCAGCUUUAACAAUUCUCUCUCCAAUGUGAUGUAGAAUCAAAUCCAAGAUAUCAUGACCUCUUGGGGCUCUCCUCUAGAGGAUUCUGUUUCUUGAAGCUUUUAUUUGUUUGCCUGUCACAUCUCUGGCAUUGUUGCCAGGAUCCACAUCUUCCUGAUGGGAAAUUCAGUUGGCCUUGCACUGCUGUGAAGCCUUUGUCCUCUUGAAAAGCAGAACUGCUUUUUCUCUGCAACCGUUUCACCUGUACAGAAGAUGCUGAUCGAUUUGGCCAGACUUAGCCACAAAACAACAUGCCUCAUAGUCUGGUGUCGCCAAGAGAAAGCACCAUUGCUUAGCACAUCAUUUAUUUGCUGCAUUUCAUGAGGGUCAGAACAGCUUCCCUUUUAUCCAUGCACUGCGUGUUGCAUUUCUGCUGAGGACUCAUUCAGUUGUGAGUCCACAGGGCAAUUUUGCAGGAGGGCGUGUACAUAACUAAUGAUUCUAUCCCACCCUAGUCUCUUCCUAUGCCUGACCUUCGCCAUCACUGUUAUCCGUGAAACUAACACAAGAAACGUAGUAAAUAAGAGGCAGAGGGGAGGCAGGGCAGCAGGAGCUCCACAUCAUGGCUGAUUAAAAAAACCCCCACCUAGUCUUCUGCACAAGGUAUGGGCUCCUGCCCUAAAGACCACAUUUGAAAUACAUCUUGGGCAGGAAGCUAAAAAGGCUGGAUGCAAUUGUUCAGGGAUAAUUUGAAUCUGGGAAAUCUUUAUUCACAGUGUGUGUAGAGAGUGGGAAGAAUCACAGAAUGGUAGAGUUGGAAGGAAUCCAAGGGUCAUCUAGUCCAACCCCCUGCAAUGCAGGAAUCUCAGCCGAAGCAUCCAUGACAGAUGACCAUCCAACCUCUGCUUUUAAAAACCUCCAAGGAAGGAGAGUCCACCACCUCCCGAGGGAGACUGUUCCACUGUCGAACAGCUCUGACUGUCAGAAAGUUUUCUCCUUUCUUGUAUCUUGAAGGCAUUGGUUUGAUGUGGGGCUCCAGAUUCUGAACAGCUCAUCUGGGUUCCAGUCCAGGUUGGAGACAUCGGCCAUUUGGUAGCUCAUUAGGUGCCUUCCAGUUCCAUGAUUCUGUGCUUCCGGCCCCAUUUUAAACCCUCAGAGGUCUUUGCUGCUGAUUUAUAUGGCCAUAUUUCUUAGAAAGGUAAGUCCUCAGAUAUGUCUAAAAUUGAGAGAGAGAGAGAAUUGGCAUACCACUAUGCUGCUGAUGGAGAAGCAGAAAUGCAUGUAGAUCCCAUGAUAGUUUGAUUGGAAGCAGACCUCAGGGGAUAAACAGUGGCAAUACAAUGUCCACAUAUAUACCGUGUGAGUCACAUGUUCACAAGUGUGGUGCCUGAAUGAACCAGAAAUGUGAGUGAACGUUGGUGUGCCACACAAGGGUGCUGAUAAGCGUUGGUCACGUCACACCAUAUCAUUCUUUGCCAUGUGCUCAAAUGUGUAUUUGGGUUUUAAUGUGCCUCCGUAAGCUAUGUGUCUGGAUUGUGUGCCUUGCCUGGUUCUAGGGAACUGAACUCUUGAGGGGCUCUUGCUUUCCGUGCACCUGACCUAGCAGGGGCACUGAGAUACCUACAGCUGGAGUAGAGGCUGGAAUCCCGAUCUGCCGCAUCACCCCUUUGCUCUGUUGUGAAAGUCACAUACUCUGGGCACCUGGGCUGUGGUUCCAUAGAGCUUCCAUUGAUCAAUUAAUAAGUAGACAUGUCACUUGGUCAGAUAAGUUCGAGAGCACAACCUGAAGGAGUGACCAAGCCUUUUCUUGCUUCUUUGCUGCGUAUCCAGAUGGCAACAAUCAGAUAGGACACUGGUGCCCUCUGGAGGGGAAAAAGAAAGAAUCAGCAGCCUAUCAUUGCAAGCUUCUGCACACCAGAAUACAGUAGUGGACAUGGGGAAACACUACUUUCCCAUGCUAAGCACUGAUGCCUGGAUAGUCUCAGAUCAUCUGCUUGGAAAUAGAGCACAGUUCAUGCUCUUGAUAAAACUGCUUCACUGUUCACUGGGUGCAAAAUGGCUUUCCUCUGGAUCUCUUUGGAGGCUUCACUUACCUGCUAAGUGGCUAAAUAUAGGGUGCCACCUGAGCCAUCUGUCACAAAGGUUUGCUGUCCCAAUGAGGUCUGCAUAAUUAGUUGCCAUGGCCAGGUUUUCACCACCACCACCCCACCCCACCCAGCAAUUUGGGGGUGGUGAUGGUCAUGGGAAUUUGGGGCACUUUUUUACAAGGCUGACCCUGAGGGUAUCAGGAAUGGGAAUCUAACCAUGUUUUCGCCAGUGGUAAUAGCUGUCUGAGAGGUGCCCAUGAGGUCUCCUCAUGAGAUUGGAGACACGUGUGUGAACAGGAACACUUAACCACUGCUGCGCUCACUAUGAUCCUUCCUCUCUGCCCAGACAUAAAUGAGUGCACCUAUGGUCUGCAUAACUGCAGCCACGUCUGUGUCAACACACAGGGUGGGCAUUCCUGCCAAUGCCACCCUGGCUUCAAGACUGAUCCCCAAGAUGCCAACAAGUGCCUGGGUAAGUUUUUAAACUGUCUUUUAUUAAUAUUUUAAUCCUUUUUGUAAACCACUGCAAGCUUUUAUUACAAACAAGUAGUAUAUACAUUUUGGUGUGGGUUGGUGUGUGUGUGUUUUAAAAAAUAGUAGCCAGUAUCUGCUGAGCAGGCUAGCAGCUGUUGCUCCAAAAAGUCUGCAAGCAAUGAGCCAGACCCCCAGACCUUCCAUGGUGGCAGGCAUUGCCGUAGCAUGUCCCCUUCUAGGUCUCUCUGAGGUGUUCCAUGGCACAAAACUGUGGAAGAGCUGGGUCAGCGACUACCUCUUGCAAUAGGGAGUAGAGUAACCGUUUCCUGCUGGCAUCAUUUUUUCAGCUGCAAGGAGUAGGCUCCAAGGAGCUGGUUUUCCUUGCUGCUGGGCACUCCAUUGAAAUCCCCACUGGUAUCUGCUCCUCCCGCUGGGUGAAAUAUGUCUCUUCCUUCUGUUUUUCAGAUGUAAAUGAGUGCAGAGAAAGGCCGGCCCUGUGUGAUCACAUCUGCCACAAUGAGCCUGGCUCUUUCCAUUGCCACUGCCAGCAAGGAUUCUCCUUGGGGGCAGACAGGCGGCGCUGUGUGAAGAACUGAUUCAGUGGCAAUGGUGUUCCCCUGUGGGCGCUGCCAGCUGGAGUGCAUGCCUGGCGUUAGUGGCUCAUGCAAUAGACAAUGCCCAGCUUCCGUAUGGCAAAAAGGACAACUUCUCUCUCCCUAGUUAGUGAUUCCACCUCCUCCAGGCGAACCCACUAGGACCUGUUUGGAGAACCGAAUCACCCUUUCCUUGCUUUUCUUGAAUAAUAAUAAAGCUCUUUCCUGACUCUCGCAAAGAA